AUGGCCCAGCAAAAUAUGAAAGUGCGUCCUGUGCUUCUAAAGCGUAACAGUCUAGAGUCUGUGGAGUUGGUGAAGCAACCACACCACCGCAGGAGCAAAUCUCAGCAGGUGCGAUUCAAGGAAGAUGGGACCGGUAAGACUCCGCCUGGCCUAGCUGAGGCGGAUGUCCACACUUCUGAAGACCCGACUGUGAUGGGCAAGACUCAAGCAUCCCGGCACCAUCAUCUCCCCACCUACUCGCUCUCCUUCCCCAGGGCCCAGAAGGCAGGGGGCUUUCAAAACAUCGGGAUCCAAACCUCCCCCAGUCUCAGGAAGCAUUUCCCGGUUUUCAAAAGGAAGAGACUCACAGCCAGCAAGUCACUGGUGGAAAUGCCAACCGCAUCCCAAAGUGCCAUCCAGGUCAAUGGCAACCUCUCUGAACAGGACAUUGUGUCUUCUGACCUUGCCUACUUAAGGCUGGCUCAGCAUCUUGAAGAUGGGCCUCGAAGGGUCCAGGUGUCCCACCCGUUCCUCCCUAGAAUGUCCAAGGUGCAGAGCAACGGGCCUGUUAGCAUAUGCCUGGAAGCAGGGACCUGGAGAGCCUCAGAGAAAGCAACAGCUGCCAUUCAGGUCCCGGAGGACAUUUACCACAGUCCCACCUGGGCAGCUGCAGAGCCCACUUCCAGCCAAGACAGGUCUGCAGAGAUAAGCAACUCCCUCCACCCUCUGGCUGACAUGUGUCCAGGAGACGGGGGAAGAGCGCCGCCAUCGGACGCAGAAAGCCCCGCCUCCCGUGUAAAUGCCACCAGCGGUGCCAACCACAUGCCAGGCACGGGGACACUUAACACCGAACUGCUUUUGCCCAAAGACAACUCUGAUGACAAAGGCUUUGGCCCACUGUCAUCUCGGUCAAAGGAAAUGUGUGUUCCCUCAGCUCCACGGACUCACGACUCCCCCUCACCAGGCUCUGGCAGCCAGCCCGCCCACCCAGGAGGGGCUUCAGACUGUUCUUCCUCGAGUAACAGUCACCAGGAUCUGCUGGCACCCAAACCUAACAACUCAUCAGAAUCUGUCCCUGAGUGUAAGGAGCAGACGGCAAAGAACCCCACGCAGUCGGACACCCCGGAGUUUCGAAAUUGCCCAGGAAAUGAUCACCUGCCAUCCUUUCUUCCAACGAGAGAGACUAGAUUUCAGAGCCACAGGGAGAUCAGCGGGAUCAAUCAAAUUCACCUGGCAAGGGGCGAACUCUGCGACCUCCAAGGCCGACUGCAAUCGGUGGAAGAAUCUCUGCACUCGAAUCAAGAGAAAAUUAAAGUCCUUUUGAAUGUCAUUCAAGACUUGGAGAAAGCUCGGGCUCUCACGGAAGGGCGCAACUUUUAUCGAACUGGCCAAGAUCUCAACAAUUGCAGUACCUGCCAGAACACAGCAUGCAUCAUAUACAGUGUAGAAUAUGAUUUUCGACAGCAGGAAGGCAGGUUCCAUGAAGUUCUACAGAGUCUGGAAGAAGCGGAACCAGCUGAGGAGCCACCUCCCCCACCCAAGUCCCCAGCGGAAGCACCGGUUCCCGAGAAGCAGGACUUGAGGAGGAAAACCAAGAAGGUGAAGAAGAAAUGCUUCUGGUGGAUCUGA